AUUUCAGAUGGAGAUGACCCUGAGGCUGUUUUCAGACUUUGUCCCAGGGUCAGAGAUCAGAUCCUUUUAUGGCAUGGACGUAUCACGGAUAUUAUCCUCGCGUUUCCAUGUCCAGUUCUGUAGGUGGUGUUGAGUAGUACAUUUCAUCACCAGCUCCACGGUCAAGUCAUAAUGUUUGCUCAUCAGGCAGCCUAGCUUAAGUAGCAGCGCUCACUUCCUCAAUUCCUCAGAUCAACGCCUGUUGACCGCGGCUGGUGGAGACACAUCAUCUCUCUCUCUCUCAUUGUGAGAGAUUUCGCUUUUUCGUUUUGAUAUGAACGAAACGCCAAAACACGCCGAAUGUAUUUUCUGUCAGGGUCUUUAUGGAAAUGGCACCGUAUCGGGACGGGAGUGCGUUACCGGACAGCGCCUUCUCUGCCAGUUCCUCAAUGUGACGGACGGAAGGUCUUUGUCGAAGAGCGCUAUGGGGCAAGACCGAGGCAAAUACGAUUUCUUCAUCGGCCUUGCUUUGGCCAUUAGCUCCAGUAUAUUCAUCGGGGGCAGCUUUAUACUGAAGAAGAAGGGGCUCCUUCGGCUCGCCAGGAGGGGCUCGACGAGAGCAGGCCAGGGCGGUCAUGCAUACCUGAAGGAAUGGCUUUGGUGGGCUGGCUUGUUAUCAAUGGGUGCUGGUGAAGCUGCAAAUUUCGCAGCUUACGCCUUCGCUCCUGCUACCCUCGUCACUCCCCUCGGUGCUCUCAGUGUACUUGUGAGUGCUGUCCUUUCCUCCUACUUCCUGACGGAGAGGUUAAACCUGCAUGGGAAAUUGGGCUGUUUGCUCAGUAUCCUGGGCUCCACCACCAUGGUGAUCCAUGCACCGCAGGAGGAGGAGAUUGACAGCCUAGAAGACAUGGCCAAGAAACUGGUGGAUCCAGGCUUUGUGGUCUUCGCAACAUUUGUCAUCAUCAUAGCUCUGAUUUUUAUCUUCGUGGUUGGUCCGCGCCAUGGACAGACCAACAUCCUGGUCUACAUCACCAUCUGCUCUGUUAUCGGUGCCCUAUCAGUAUCUUGCGUUAAGGGCUUGGGCAUCACUAUUAAGGAGGCCAUUGCUGGUCAGCCUGUACUGCGAAACCCCUUGUCUUGGCUGCUACUCCUGAGCCUGGUGGCCUGUGUCAGUACACAGAUUAACUACCUGAAUAAAGCACUGGACAUCUUUAACACCUCUCUGGUCACACCCAUCUACUAUGUCUUUUUUACCACCUCUGUGCUUACCUGCUCUGCCAUCUUGUUCAAAGAAUGGGAGAACAUGGGAUAUGAUGACAUCAUUGGAACCCUGAGUGGCUUUGUUACCAUAAUAGUGGGCAUCUUCCUGCUGCACGCCUUUAAGGAUGUUAACGUUAGUCUGGCUACACUGGCUGUGUCCAUCAGGAAGGAAGAACGUAACGGGCCAGUGUCCAACGGGGUGGCGGUCCACAGCCAUACUUCCUACGAGCUACUGCAUAAUGACACCUCAGUGGAUUUUGAGGACAGAGAAAUAGGUUUGCCUUUUGAUAGUAUCUCCAGACGAAAUGGCAGUACAGCCUCUUAGGGCCAAAAAGGGACAAGAUCUGAACAGCUCAUUAGUGUGUUCUGCUGUGUGGACAUUUAGUAUUCUUACUCCCCUCAAAUCGGAAAAAACCCUAAGACAAUCAAAAAGGCAAAAAAAGUGACUGAUGGACCAACUGAUUGUACUAAAG